AUGCCUCGUUGUUGGUUGAAAGUUGUAACUAACUGUGCUAUUAUCUUGGGCCUUUUGAUUAUAGCCCAUGAUGCAGCCAUUAUACGCCUUACUUGUGAAAUAGUUGAUGGAAAGUGUGUGCUUAAAAAUAUAUACGCCACCGAAGAUGACCGAUUCAAAGAAAUACGAAAUGAAGGGUACCAAAGUGUAAUCGAGUUUUUUGACUGCCACAUUCACACACUGCCACCGAUCCCUUAUAUUUCGAAAGUGAAAGCGGAUGCCAUCAAUCUUGUACGAAUAGAAGAAAAUACCUUCAAUACAGUACACCAGCUAGAUGUUUCCUACAAUCGGCUCCGCGAAUUUUCUCCCAAAGCUUUUGAAUAUCCAGAAGAGUUACAAAAACUCAAUCUUAAUGGUAAUCCCACACUCAAAGACUUUGCUUUUCUACCAGCACUUACCGGGCUUACGAUUCUCGAAAUGGCUGACAUGAAGCUAGAACUGGACCUAAUUGAAAUCGGAACAUUUGCACUGAUGUCACACUUAUCAGUGCUUAAUAUGAGUGACAACAAAAUUUCCUCGAUUCCGGUGGGAUUAUUUUCAAAACUCGUCGGGCUAACCGAAUUAGAUCUGAGUCGAAAUACCAUAACGAAAAUCUCAUCAGGCACAUUUGCCAUCACUAGCGAUGGGUUUAGAGGCCAGUAUAUUUUCGUUUACCUGUCCCACAACAACAUAACCAUCAUAGAAAACAAUGCUUUCCUCCAUGCGAAAUUCGUAAAUCUGCACAGCAACAAGCUUGUUGGCAUUGGACAGUAUGCCUUUGACAAUCAAACGUUGCUUCGAACACUAGACCUAUCCGAAAAUGGCGUCCUGAAAAAUUUUAACUUUCUGCACAACUUACCCGCUCUUCACGACCUCAACAUGUCACACAUGAACUUUACUUUCGAUGCCGCUAUCCCUCGCAACAUUUUUGAUGAUCUCUACUCACUGACUACGCUGGAUCUUUCACACAAUCGCAUAGAAGAGGUACCCAUCGGUGUAUUUGCUGAGCUGCAAUCUCUCAAUUUUAUCAACCUGCGCCAUAACCGCAUCAAGCGCAUCGAGUUUGGUACAUUUUCUAUGCGCAAGUACGACCUAAUCGACGAAAUUGAUCUCUCAUACAAUGACAUCUCGGAGAUUAACUUUCUCGUCUUUGUUCCGUUAAAAUACCUCAAGACGCUGCUGUUGCACGGUAACAAAAUUUCGUACAUCAACGCCAAACAGUUAAUACGCAACAAAAGUUUGCAAAACUUUGGCAUUCAAAACAGCCUCGUGAGUUGCUACGAUCUAGUCGAUUUACUGGGAUCGCUUAAACUUGUGCUGGAGCCGAACGAAUUCAUAUCGCACCUUCCCAACAUUGACGGAAUAAAAUGUCAACCGUAAAGUACUCCGAGCUUCGUGACGCAAGAUUUAUGAGUUUUCAAAUGAUAAAUGAAUAAAAGAAAAUAAAAACUACAGCAACAAAUAUAACUGACGGUUAACCAGUAAGGAUAGUCUCAUUUACGGACAAUGCAUCCUAUGAUACAUC